AUGGUCCGCACCUCCGUUCUCCACGAUGCUCUCAAGAGCAUGAACAACGCCGAGAAGGCCGGCAAGCGCCAGGUCCUCAUCCGCCCUAGCUCCAAGGUCAUCGUCAAGUUCCUUCAGGUCAUGCAGCGCCACGGCUACAUCGGCGAGUUCGAGGAGGUCGACGACCACCGCUCCGGCAAGAUUGUCGUUCAGCUGAACGGCCGCCUCAACAAGUGCGGUGUCAUCUCCCCCCGCUACAACGUCCGCCUCGCCGACCUCGAGAAGUGGGUUGUCAAGCUGCUCCCUGCCCGUCAGUUCGGCUACGUCAUCCUCACCACCUCCGCUGGUAUCAUGGACCACGAGGAGGCCCGCCGCAAGCACGUUGCCGGCAAGGUCAUCGGCUUCUUCUACUAA